UUUGCAACGAGCAAAGACCGCAUACAGUUUAUAUCUCGCGUUACGCCUCUGUAAUAUCGAUCCUGGAGGCGGCCAGUGGACAUGCGUUUAGCGCUUUUAACUUCAUUGUGACAGGUGCCCUGUCUGGGGUAUCCUGUUUGAAGUGUCUCGUCAGCAGGAGCACUAUGUCGAGCGCGAAAACAUAAUGUGACAUCGCCUCGCGACGCGUAGAGCUCACUGGAAUCACGGCAGCGAAGAAUCAUGUGCCGUGUGGGUGCUCGUUGAUGGAGCGACGAGGCACCGCGAGGGCCGUCGACUAGUGUCUGGAACAUGUGCCUUUGCUACGACUAAGAACCCCGUUAAUCUGAAAAAACAUGACUGCCAUAGGCGACGUGCAAGCCUUGCAGACUUUGACAGUUUAUACCAGCGAUGUAAACAGCGUCGACUUCGCCGGUGAUUGCGUUCUGGUAACGGGAUCCGGGGACAAACGCGUCCGGGUUUGGGAAUGGCAGCCUGGCAGUGGCUACGUGGAGGCUUACUUUUCACCCCUAAUGGGGCACAAGUAUGGCGUUACUUCAGUCAAGGUCAGCCCUCAGUCCACUAUGUUGGCCACCUCCAGCAUAGACGGUACCACGCUGCUCUGGAAUUUGCGCACGGGAACGAAGAUACAUACUAUGGUGCAAGUGGGCGGCGAGGCGGUGAGAGUCUGCAGAUUUUCCCCGGAUUCGACGUUACUCGCGACCGCUGGAGAUAACGGGCAAGUCUGUAUCUGGGAUUUGGUUCAUCGUAAUUUAAUCAGAUGUUUUCAAAAGCACGAGGGUGCUGUGCAAAGCCUGUCCUUCUCUCCGGAUUCGAGCUGGUUGAUCACUUCAUGCACGUUGGGUGUCCUAAAGCUGUUCUCCACUGCCGAACUGAUCGACACUUGUACCUCUAGCAAUCAAGACAUCGCCGAACUCGUCUCGAUUGAUGAUGCUCACGACAUGGGAGUAGUUUGCUGCGACUUCUCGACGUUCCAAGAAGUCACAUGUAACGAGCCAUAUACCAAGCUUUAUCAACUGGUCACGUGCGGUAACGAUCACGACGUGAAGUUGUGGGAAGUCACGGUGAGCCAAAAUAAGUGCGAGGCCCAACCCUCUACUGCCACUGUACAGCUUUGUAGAGUGAUGGAAAAGCACAGCAGUGCCUUAACUUGCGCCCGUUUUAGCAGCAACGGAUUAUAUAUUGCCAGCUGUGGCCUCGAUAAAACGGCAGUAAUUUGGGAGGCGAGCUCAGGAAAGAUUGUGACAGUAAUCUCCGGUCACAAUAGAUAUAUAGCUUGCUGCGCUUUUUCACGCGACGGAAGCUUAUUAGCGACAGGCUCUAAUGAUAAAUCCGUAAUUGCGUGGGACUUGACAGGGAACUUAACUAUCGAUUCGGAACUUUCAAAAAAUAUUGGAACAAAGUGGUUCGUGAAUGACCCUGAAAAAAGUACUAAGCACGAACACGAUCUAAUGAAAAAUGUAGAGACAUACGCUAAUGAAGUAAGAUUGAUUCAAAGAUUGGAGGAGCACAACGGUGCGGUGAACAGCGUUGCCUUCCAUGGAAAUAAUCUUUUAGCUUCAGCAUCAGGUGAUAAAUUAGUGCGCAUUUGGAGCGUCGAAACGGAAGAGGAGGAUGGGGAGGAAGGGGUGAUUAAAAUACAGGAAAAAUCAUUCAGUCCACUCGACGCUCACACCUACAGCGUCAAUUACGUGGAAUUUAGCCCAUGCGGUUCAAUGCUUGCCUCCUGUUCUCUCGAUGGAACAACUUUAGUUUGGAACACAGAAACCGGUGAUCAAGCAAAAUCCUCUUUUGUCAAUUCUGGGGCAGGCAUCCGUGUGUGUCGGUGGUCACCUGAUGGCACGAAGAUUGCCACCGCUGGUGACGACGAGAAGACAAUGUUAUGGGACAUGGAAACUAUGGAUCAGUUGCAUGUCUUCGAGGGUCAUGCCGACGCGAUAUCGGCCCUUGCGUUUACGCAUGAUUCCCGAUAUUUAGUGACCGCGUGUAACGAAGGCACCUGGCGUCUGUUCGAUACUCUGGACGAGAAAAAUGGUUCCGAAGCAUUGAUGGUUUGUGACGCGAGUCACGAUCUAGGUGUCCAAGGAUGUGACUUCAGUCCUACUCCAUGUUCUUUGAUGUGCAGUUCAUCAAGGGACACAGACGUAAAUCAGCAAAUAUAUUUACUAGCAACGUGCGGCAACGAUUCGUUAGUUAAACUAUGGCAUAUAAUUAUUCCAAACGAUCCAUUAUCCGAUUCGGAUAGCAUUAAAUUAAGCAACAUUGGAAAGAGUUACAAGGAGAAGAAGUCCUUAACCGGACACGGUGGAAAUGUAAUGUGUGUCCGUUUCUCGCCCGUCCACGGAGAAGUUAUAGGUAGCGUCGCGACUGAUAGAACAGCUCGUAUAUGGAGCGUGUUUUCCGGAAGUUGUUUAUAUGUCCUAGAGGAUCAUGAUAGUCUUGUUACGUCUUGCGCAUUUUCCGAGGACACAUCAUUCUUCGCUACAGGUGCAUUGGACAAAACUGUCUUGGUUUGGAAAGUGCCGCAACAGUUGGUGUCACAAAGUAAUUUAAUGGAUAGCUUGAGAAACAAGAAGAAGAGGGUUGCGGAUUGGAAACUAUACGACACUUUGAAAUGGUUGAACGACAUUGAAUUAUCCAGACUGUCCAGGAAAGUGCUUGCUUUGGGACUGACAGGACGACAUUUGCUAUCCGUAUCAGAAAAUGAACUAAUAUCUCGGUUGGAACUUGAAGAUGACGAAGAGGCUAUGGAAAUAUUAAAAAAACAAUUAUAUUGGCUGAAGCGUGAAGAUUGCAAUAUUAUGGAGAAUAUAGACGAGUGUGAGAUUCCUCAUGAAUUUUUGUGUCCUAUAACGCACGAGAUAAUGAAAGAACCUGUACAGUGCUCAGAUGGAUUUACUUAUGAAAGGGCAGCUAUAAAUGAAUGGUUCCUAUGUGGAAAAUAUACUAGUCCGAUGACGAAUGAGCCGUUACACGAUACUUCUUUUACUCCGAAUUUCGUUCUCAGAAAUGCUAUAUUCACUCUACUUCAUGGAGAAGGACCACAAUAGUAAUGGCAUUUUACACAUUUAUGAAAAAAAAACAAAAAAGAAAAAACAGAGCACGCGUUAAUAAUUUAUGAUACACGAUAAGCAAUUUUAUUCUACGGUACGUUAGACAUUCAAGAUUCAGUGGUUUUAACGCAAUAAGAUUCGUUCUCUUUACAAGAAUCGAAAGAAAUUCGAACAUCGAUCGGUAUCUGCGGACCAAUUACACACAUGUAAAAAUAUAAAAAAACUUACAAUUAAUAGAUUUUCAUAAUUAAAAAUAACCGCGAAAGGAUACCGCGUGAAGCCGUUAAGAAGGAAGUUACAACUCUUGAUCUUUUACUAAUGCUCGUUUCUACCGUUGUAAUUUAAUUUUAAUUUUAAUCUUGAUUCAACUAAUUCAUCUCUUUCUCUAGUUCUAAGAAUUAGAAAAAAAUGAAGAAUAAGUUGAACCGAGAUCAAAGUUAAUUUACAUCGAUUGAUAGAAACGGACAUCAGAGGAGUUUGAAAUUGGAGAUAUGCUUAGAGAGAACACAUUUUAAUAAUUAAAUAGCAUUGUCAUAACUUUUAUCGAGAAGCGGUAUGUAUCUAAAAACCGCCGAGCGAUCGAUAUUGGGAAGCAAUGUUUAGGAAUGAAUAUUGUCGAAGGAUUUCCAAAUAUUCGAUAUAGCGCGUGUACAAUGCACGUAAUAAUCCAGAUACCUGAUGCAAAGCAACAAGUACAAGUUUACAAAAAUUUAUGGACAAUCUUCGAGAGUUACAGAUAUAUAGUGAAGGCGCUGGUCUAAUAUUACAGAGUAGUCGAACAUACAUACAUACAUAUAUAAUAUACAUGUAAUUAGAAACAUAUCGAGAAUAUACGGAUUUUAUAUCGGUUCUAGGCAUAAACAGAAUUUACAAGUUGUCGAAUUUAGUCGGACAUGGCGUGGGUUUUUAUCGCUCUCUUUUGCAUCUCCAUUCCAAAGUUUUUAUAACUCAAGUAAGUUGCGUUUUUUCAGUCAAAAAUUCUUGUGUUAUCGGAUGAAAAUUUUAUAAUUUUGUAGGUACAAGCCAUUCUUAAUAUUAAGAGUAUUACAGCUAAUUUCAAGUCUAAGAUUACAUUGACAGAGUUAACUUUGUAUCAAAGAAGGAUAUUUAGGAUUGUUUAGUAUCGAAGAAAAUUAUUUCCGUAGCUUUUUGACUAUUUCUUUAGACACUAAAUGGUCCUAAGAUGAUUUUCUGCUAGGAUGCAAAGUUGCAAAUGUUUAUCUUAUAAUUGUUGAAACUUUUAAGUAAUGAAAACAAUUGAAAACUAAGUUUUCAAUUUAGUAUAAAUAUAAACAAUUUUGCGCGCUAUAAAUACA